AAAUUAUUAAAUAUAAAAUCGCCAGUGAAUCAAACAAGAUGUCCACGAAACUUUGUGCACUAGUUCUCCUCACGCUAACUAAAUUUUCACUACAGUCGAAUAAUGACAAUUUUGUCGUGGUCUCUACUACAGAACGCACUUCUCCACUAACCGAAAAUACCAACAAACUCGACGAAAUUCAAACCAAAUUAGCAACCCUGGAAGCUCAAAUCGCAAAACUCCAAAAAACUAUACAAUACAAAACUAAUCCAGAAACCAACACCUGCACUAAACACGUCCCGACAAACUGUAAAGAAAUCCAGAAACAAGGGCACAAUGUUUCUGGAAUUUACACCAUCCUACCCAAGUACGCAUUAGAACCCUUUAAAGUGUACUGCAACAUGCAAACUCAAGGUGGUGGCUGGACUGUCAUUAUGAACAGAUACGACGGAUCGCAGGACUUCUACUUAGACUGGAAGAGUUACAAAAAUGGGUUUGGUAAGCUGGAGGGCGAAUUUUGGCUAGGUUUGGAGAAAAUGCAUUUACUGACAGGAUACGAAUACAACGAGUUGCUCAUUGAACUGGUUGACUGGGACAAUAAACAACUCCACGCCCACUAUCAAAUCUUCAGAGUUGGAGAUGAAGUAGGCCAAUACGCGAUGGACACCUUGCGAGGGUACAGUGGUACCGCUGGGGACUAUUUCUCCAAGGAAGCUGGAAUGAAAUUUACGACUAAGGAUAGGGAUAAUGAUGUAGAUGCUACUGCAAAUUGUGCUGAUUGGUCGAAUGGUGGCUGGUGGUACCGUAACUGCAAAAGAGCUCAUCUGACUGGGAAACUUUUGGGGAAGACUUUUCCUCAGGCUGAUAUAUGGAAGAGAACGUACUGGAUUGCUCCAGAUGGAAGUAAUUACAGUUUGAAGGAAGUCAGGUUGAUGGUGCGACCAAUGCGACCCAAAUUUAUGGACAUUUAUUAAAACUUUUGACGAAAUUUUAUUAAUAAAGCGAUUUUUUGCUUG